UCCCCUGACCGGCCGGCGCGCGGCUAAGAUGGCCGUGACGGACGUGGAGGGCACGGCGGCGCCGGCGGCAUUGGAGUUGGAGGUGCCCGCGAAGCGCAGUAUCCUACGGUACAACUCGCCGCUGGCGCAGGUGUCCCUGCUGGGGCUCAUCUGCUUCUGCUGCCCCGGCAUGUUCAACGCGCUGUCCGGCCUGGGCGGCGGCGACCAAGUCGACGCCUCCACGGCCGACAAGGCCAACACGGCGCUCUACGCCUGCUUCGCCGUCUUCGCCAUCCUCGGCGGCGGCGCGCAGAACCUCCUUGGCCCGCGCGCGACGCUGAUGCUGGGCGCGCUCACCUACCCACUCUACGCCGGCUCCUUCCUCUACUACAAGCACCACCCGGAGUCGCAGGCGUUCCCCGUCACGGCGGGCGCGCUGCUCGGCGCCGGCGCGGGUUUCCUCUGGGCGGCGCAGGGCGCCGUGAUGACCUCGUACCCGCCGCCUAACCGCCGGGGCACCUACAUCUCCCUCUUCUGGUGCAUCUUCAACCUCGGCAGCGUCCUCGGCGGUCUCCUCCCUUUCUCCUUCAACUACCACCGCAGCAACAAGCAGCCUGCCAGUGUCGUCAACAACAGCACGUACAUCGCCUUCAUAGCCUUCAUGCUCGUCGGCGCCGGGCUCACCGUGCUCGUGCUGCCGCCGGCCAAGAUCGUCCGCGACGACGGCACCAAGGCCACUACUACCACUAGUAGGGUCGUCGUCGUCCCCUUCUCGUCCCCGGCCGCCGCCGAGGGCGCCGAGAUCCUCAAGCUCUUCACCAACUGGAAGAUGCUGCUCGUGCUCCUGCCCGCCUGGGCUAGCUCUUCUACCGGAACGCUCUUCUUCUACACCGACCAGUUCAACGGCGGCGUCUUCACGCUCCGCACCAAGGGGCUCAACAACGUCGUCUUCUGGGGUGCGCAGAUGAUCGGCUCCGCCGGCAUCGGCUACUUCCUCGACUUCGGAUUCGCCAGCCGGAGGAAGAGAGGGCUGUUCGGAGUCGUCGCCGUCGCCGUCGUCGGAACGGCCAUCUGGGGAGGCGGUCUGGCGAACCAGCUCAAGUACAGAGGAGUGGAGUUGGUCGACCCCAUCGAUUUCAAGGACGGCCACCACCGCUACGCCGGGCCGUUCAUGCUCUACUUCUGCUACGGACUGCUGGAUGCCAUGUUCCAGACCGUCAUCUACUGGAUCAUCGGCGCCCUCGCCAUUAAUGACUCCCAAAUUCUCAGCAGGUACGUUGGGUUCUUCAAGGGAGUGCAGAGCGCGGGAGCGGCAGUGGCAUGGCAAGUGAACAGGCGCCACACGCCGCUAAGAUCCCAGCUGAUUGUGAACUGGGCGCUCAUUACCGUUAGCUACCCCUUGCUUGCACUGCUGGUGUUCGUGGCCGUGAAGGACGAGGACUACUCGGUUUCUUCAGUGGAGGACGGCAAGGAGAAUGAUAGUAAUUAAUAGGCUGUCAGCACCAACCAGCACUAUGUAAAAAAAAAAAAAGCAAAUAGCAGACACUCCCUACAAGUGACGCGAGAACAAAACGCGUCUGUAAUACGUGGUCACAGACGCGCCUAGACAAAAACGCGUCUGUAAUAUGUGAUCCUAC